GGUAGCGGUAGCGGCGGCGGCUACAGAGGCGUUGAGUGGAGAAAGAUGGCGGCUCCGGGGAGUUCGGGGACUCGGCGGCCGUGAGGCGGCGGCAGCGGGAGACGCCCGGCCCGAGGCCCGGCACAGCGCGGCGCCCUCCUCCCCUUCUGUCCUCCCCCGGUCCGUCAGUCCGUCCGUCCGUCCGCGCGGCAGCGGCCGCGGAGCGAAGGCGAGAGCGGGCGGUGGCCAGGCCAGUUACGCUUAAUGGGAGACAUCUGUGAUGGCUGAAAUCUGAAGUAACCGAGGAAACAAAGCCGUCAAGGGGAAUGCCAUGGCCAGUUCCUCGGACAGUGAGGAUGACAGCUUCAUGGCCGUGGACCAAGAAGAAGCAGGGGUGGAGGGGACAAUGGAGCAAGAUGAGGAGCCCCACCCUGAACUGGAGAUUGAGGAGACCAGACAUAACAGGUCUAUGUCUGAACUGCCUGAAGAGGUUCUGGAGUACAUCCUGUCUUUCCUCUCACCAUAUCAGGAGCACAAAACCUCAGCUCUUGUCUGCAAACAGUGGUACCGACUUAUUAAAGGUGUGGCCCACCAGUGUUAUCAUGGCUUUAUUAAGGCUGUACAGGAAGGAAACAUUCAAUGGGAGAGUCGAACUUACCCCUACCCCGGAACCCCAAUCACUCAGCGGUUCUCACAUAGUGCGUGUUACUAUGAUGCUAAUCAAUCCAUGUAUGUUUUUGGAGGCUGUACCCAGAGCAGCUGCAAUGCUGCCUUCAAUGACCUCUGGAGGCUUGAUCUCAAUAGUAAAGAGUGGAUCCGACCUCUGGCUUCAGGUUCUUAUCCCUCCCCUAAAGCUGGAGCCACUCUAGUGGUGUACAAGGACUUGCUUGUGUUGUUUGGGGGCUGGACACGGCCGAGCCCUUAUCCUCUGCACCAACCUGAGAGGUUCUUUGAUGAAAUACACACUUACUCUCCCUCUAAAAAUUGGUGGAAUUGCAUAGUGACAACACAUGGACCGCCGCCUAUGGCAGGCCACUCCUCCUGUGUGAUAGAGGACAAGAUGAUUGUCUUUGGUGGUUCCCUAGGAUCCCGGCAAAUGAGCAAUGAUGUUUGGGUCCUUGACCUGGAGCAGUGGGUCUGGUCCAAGCCUAAUGUCUCUGGCCCCAGCCCCCACCCUCGAGGGGGCCAGUCUCAGAUUGUCGUAGAUGAUGAAACUAUCCUGAUCCUUGGAGGAUGUGGUGGCCCGAACGCACUCUUUAAGGACGCUUGGUUACUUCACAUGCACUCCAGCCCCUGGACCUGGCAACCCCUCAGGGUAGAGAAUGAAGACCAUGGAGCCCCCGAGCUGUGGUGCCACCCAGCCUGCCGGGUGGGCCAGUGUGUGGUGGUCUUCAGCCAGGCUCCCAGUGGAAGAGCACCACUCAGCCCAAGUCUGAACUCCCGCCCAUCUCCCAUCAGUGCCACUCCACCGGCUCUGGUUCCUGAAACCCGGGAAUACCGCUCCCAGUCUCCAGUAAGGAAUAUGGAUGAAGCUCCUUGCGUCAAUGGUCGUUGGGGAACCUUACGCCCGAGGGCACCGAGGCAGACCCCAUCAGGAUCCCGGGAAGGGAGCCUUUCCCCUGCCAGGGGUGAUGGCUCACCUGUCCUCAAUGGUGGGAAUUUAUCCCCAGGAGCAGCAGCAGUUGGUGGGGCCUCCCUGGACAGCCCUGUUCAGGCAGUCUCUCCAAGUACCCCAUCAUCAGCUGAGGGAUAUGACCUCAAAAUGGGGCUUUCACUGGCACCCCGGCGAGGCUCCCUGCCAGAUCAGAAAGACCUAAGGUUGGGAUCGAUGGAUUUGAAUUGGGAUCUAAAACCCACUUCCAGCAGUAGUCAGAUGGACGGCAUGGAUGCCAGGACAGUCGGGGGGAGCAUGAGGAAUCCUCCAGAACAGACCAAUGGAGUGCACACUCCUCCCCACAUGGCCAGCGCUCUUACGGGAGCUGUGUCUCCGGGUGCUCUGCGACGGAGCCUAGAAGCUGUCAAAGCCCUUUCCUCUAAGGGCCCACCAGCCCCUGCAGCACUGAGUCCCCCGCUGGUGUCUUCCCCCGGCUCCCCAGGGAGUCAGAGCAUGAGCAGCGUCGAGACGGUGCCCAUCCCUCGCCCAGGACCCGCCCAGGGUGACGGGCACUCCUUACCUCCCAUCGCCCGGCGCUUGGGCCACCACCCACCACAGUCUCUGAACGUUGGCAAGCCCUUGUACCAGAGUAUGAACUGCAAGCCCAUGCAGAUGUAUGUGCUAGACAUUAAAGACACGAAAGAGAAAGGGCGUGUCAAAUGGAAAGUAUUUAACAGCAAUUCUGUGGUUGGCCCACCCGAGACCAGUCUGCACACAGUGGUGCAGGGCAGGGGGGAGCUCAUCAUCUUUGGUGGCCUCAUGGACAAGAAACAGAAUGUGAAGUACUAUCCCAAAACAAAUGCCUUGUACUUUGUGCGAGCAAAAAGAUAAUAUGGCAAACACUUGGUUCCAACCUUUUUCCUUCUGUGGCUUUUAAUUUUGAAUUUUACACUGUCACGCAGGCAUUCAAACUGUGAAUUGGGCAAACAAAGAAUUCAAUAGCCCCACAAGCCAAAACUCCAAUUCCCAAUCUAAUGCUCGCUCUGGGCUAGGGUCAGAUCCCCAUCUAAAAAACAAAUUAUAUAAAUGUCUUUAUCUAUAUCUCUAUCUAUAUUCUAUAGCCAACUCUGUUUACAAAAGGGCAGAAAUCUCCGUGCUGGUUCCGAUAAAGUUGUUGCUGUGUUUUAGCAGAGGCUCUGCUGCCUUUUUCUAUUCUGCUGGUAAUUAGACCAAGAAUUUAGGGAACAGGUCACCUGCUAUCAGUUCCCUUCCAAGAGAACUGAAGGGUCCCAGGUAAAAAGAGCUGCAUGAGGGAGGGCUGGGAGCUCAUGUCCCGCUAGGUCAGUGUGUGCAGGGCCAGACCCAGGGUCUCCUCCAGGGGCUGUAGGAAAGAGGGAUGAUGGUGAGAAACGGAGGAGACAGUGAGGAGGGGCGGUUGUCCCAUAUCUUUGUGCCAGGAUUGUCGUGAAAUGGUGUGUUUGGGCUCAGGCCACAGGGCCUGCCCUGGUCGGAAGGAGCAGGGCUAAAUCACUGGUUUCUGCUUGUGAAAUCUCUGGCACCUUUGGUUGGGAGCUGCCCAAACCCACAUCCCCUUCCUUAAACACGCUCUCCCUUAAGAUGUCAGUCUUGUGGAAUCUGCCUUUCCUUCUUGUAGGAUUUCUAUGCAAAUGUGGAUAUUUGGGGUUGUUUAAAGCCCUGCCCUUCAACACUUUGCAGAUGAAAGUAAGAUUGAGGCUUGGGAGCCUAAGAUGAUCACGCACUUCUCAGAAAUAUUGGG